UCCCUCCGCUCCCUCCCCCCGCUCCUUAGCCUACCGCUGAAAUCCGUUCGUUUUAAUGAAGUGAUGACGAGACACUGAGGAAGUUCCGCGGUGAUGAACGCGCACCCGAGAGACCUGAAUACACGUCUAAUUUAGCUCCUCGUCGUAUAAAUAAGCAAAAUGUUAUGGAUCAAAGCUGUCACCGUUUGCCUUGUGCUCUCCAGCCAGAUGUUCAGCUCCCAGUCAGUGCCUAUUAAUGUAGAUAAAACUAAAGUCAAGGUGCCAGAAGAACAGGUACAGGAAAUGCCUCAAAAUGUGGACACUGGACUGCAUUAUGACCGCUAUCUCAGGGAAGUUAUCGAUUUCCUCGAAAAAGACCCACAUUUUAGAGAAAAGCUGCAGAACACCGGCAUCGAUGACAUAAAGCAAGGGAAACUGGCUAAAGAGCUGGACUUCGUGAGCCACCACGUCAGGACCAAGCUGGACGAGAUAAAGAGGCAGGAAGUGAGUCGGCUGAGGAUGCUGAUCAAAGCCAAGCAUGACAUGGAAGGAGGGAACGGCGUGGCCACGGACCAUCAGGCUCUACUGAAGCAGUUCGAGUAUCUGAACCACAUGAACCCUCACACGUUUGAGGUGGAAGAUCUGGACAAACUCAUCAGAUCAGCCACAAAGGAUUUGGAGAACUACGACAAAGAACGUCACGAGGAGUUCAAGAAGUACGAAAUGAUGAAGGAGCACGAGCGGCGCGAGCACCUGAAGACCCUCAGUGAGGAGAACAGGAAGAAAGAAGAGGAGCAUUACGAAGAGAUGAAGAAGAAGCACGCCGAUCACCCGAAAAUCAAUCAUCCUGGCAGUCAGAAUCAGCUCAAAGAGGUGUGGGAGGAGGCGGACGGCCUCGACCCUGACGAUUUUGACCCCAAAACGUUCUUCAACCUGCAUGAUUCAAACGGAGACGGCUUCUUCGACGAGCAGGAAUUAGAGGCGCUGUUCACUAAAGAGCUGGAGAAAAUCUACGACCCAACGAACGAGGAAGACGACAUGGUGGAGAUGGAGGAGGAGCGCUUACGGAUGAGGGAACACGUCAUGAACGAGGUCGACUCCAACAAGGACCGCCUGGUUUCUUUAGACGAGUUCUUGAUGGCGACAAAGAAAAAAGAGUUUCUGGAGCCGGACAGCUGGGAGACUCUGGAGCAGACCCAGACUUACACCGAUGAGGAGAUGCGAGAGUUUGAGGAACAUCUCAUCAGGCAGGAGCAGGAACUGAUCCACAAAACAGACGAAUUGCAGAAGCAACGAGACGAGCUGGAGAGACAGCAGGAGCAGCUCAACGCACAGAAAAAAGAACUCCAACAAGCUGUCGAGCACAUGGAGCGUUUAAAAACCCAGAAUGCUCCACCGGAAGUCCAGGUUGAAGGAAAUCAAGUCCCAGAAUCCCAUAACAACCAACACCAGGCUCCUCCUGAGAACCAGUCGCUUGCACCAGGACACCAGAACGUUCCUGCAGCUCAGCAGGAUUUGAGCCACGGUCAGCCUCUUGCUCAGGAUUCCCACCCCAACGUCAUCCAGGACAUCCCACAAGUACCGUAGACGAGAGCAGAGUAUCAGGAGCAGGACUGUGCAGACGCAGACACACACACACCCCUUCUCUAGCGUCUGGAGGACGUUAGGACCGCUCACCUCCGUGUUUCCUCCCGGUUCUUCUGCUCUCCACAGAAGUUUGUCAUCAGUAUAAAUCAUUUUAUUCUUUAAUUUUACUCAUCAUCCUCAUGCUGGUUUGACUCAGUCAACAUCGUUUUGCACAUUUUUAAAAUGUUACAGUAAGGGCGUGAUGAAAACGGAGCGAUUUUAAUUCAGUCUGCUCUGGGAUGUAAAGUUUAACUCCAACAACAAAGAAAAACAUUCAAGGUCCAGCUAUUUCAAUCAGGUUAGCAGUUAGUUUAAAAGACACAUCUAAGAUUCCUGACUGCUGCAAGACAGAUUUAACCUAAAAAAAAAAAAAAAAAAACCUACAGGCUUAAAAUGAUACAUGUGAAUCUGUAUUAUUUAAAUUCCAGUUCUUGUUUACUCUGUUGUAUUAAUGUGCCCAUUUUCUGCACAGAAUUAAAAAAAAGUAAUUUUAUUCUA